UCCAUUUUAUAAAAAAGAAUUAAAACAAAACCCAUACAUUUAUUUUACUUUCAGAACUCUCCAAACCCAAAAAGGGAAAAAAAAAAAUGUCCCAACCGAAAAACAAUGUUCAAGUUCAAAUACAUCCCAGGAAAUUUGGUUCUUCAACGACCAUAAAAAAGAUUAGCAUUGAAACGAUGCCUAGCAAGUUAAGGAAGGCAAUUGGUGCAGUGAAAGACCAAACAAGCAUUAGUCUUGCAAAAGUUAAUAACACAUCAAAAUCAAAUCUUGAAGUUGUUAUUCUAAAAGCUACAAGACAUGAUGAAGUUCCUAUUGAAGAACGUUAUGUUAAAGAAAUUCUUAACCUAAUUUCUUCAAGCAAAGCUCAUGCUGGUUCUUGUGCUCAAAUAAUCGGUAGGCGAAUCGGUAAAACUAGGAAUUGGAUUGUAGCCCUUAAAUCGUUAAUGCUUGUUCUUCGAAUUUUUCAAGCUGGUGAUCCUCAUUUUCCUAAAGAAGUACUCCAUGCAAUGAAACGUGGAACAAAGAUCUUAAAUCUUUCUACAUUUAGAGAUGACUCGAAUUCGAGUCCUUGGGACUAUACCGCCUUUGUUAGGACAUUUGCUCUAUAUCUUGAUGAGCGAUUAGAUUGCUUUCUUACAGGGAAGCUUCAGAGAAGUUUUAGUAAAAAAGAAACACGAAAUGGGCAUCAUGGAAACCGGAGUGGCAAUGAGCCAGUAUGCGAAAUGAAACCUGCAAUAUUGCUUGAUAAAAUUUGCUUUUGGCAGAAAUUGCUUGAUAGGGCUAUUUCUACUAGACCAACAGGUGCAGCCAAGACUAAUAAAUUGGUUCUUGUUUCUUUAUACGCCGUAGUUCAAGAAAGUUUUGAUCUUUAUAGAGAUAUAUCCGAUGGUCUUGCUCUUCUUCUAGAUAGUUUCUUUCACUUACAAUAUCAAUCUUGUGUUAAUGCCUUCCAAUCUUGUGUUAAGGCGUCGAAACAAUUCGAAGAGCUUUCCUCUUUUUACAACUUCUGUAAAAGCCUUGGCGUUGGAAGAACUUCAGAGUAUCCAAGUGUACAAAAAAUAUCAGAGGAACUUAUAGAAACAUUACAAGAAUUCUUGAAAGAUCAAGCUUCUUUCCCUACUCAUUCAAGAUCACCACCACAUCUACUCCUUCCGGCCCAAAGUUCUUUGAGUUCCGACGACGAUAAGUUUCAAUUAUCAGAAGAUCAUGUGGGCAUACAAGAAAGGGGAAUUAGCCCUUCUAUUUUUAUGGAACGAAGCUUAGAGCAAUUUGAUAAACAAUCUGAUAUCGAUAGCGCUAGUGAUUCCGGCUCAAACAAAUCAUUGCCAGUUGAUCAAGGAACAAUAAGUGCAACAAAUAGUGGAUUAGAUUUGGUUUCUUUAGAAGAUUGGCCACCAGAAGAUUUUAAGCAAGAACAAGAACAAGGGCAAGAAAAUACAGGAUGGGAGAUUGUAUUAGCAGAGUCUGCAACUAUCACACCAACAAAUACAACCAAUCAAUUUGAGGUUUUUUCUUCCUUUGAAGAUUCGUUUGAAGUGACAAAUAAUGCAUUUGAUCAACAUUCAAUAAUGACUAGUAGUUUCUUCGGCCAAUCUAGUCCAGAAUUGCUUGCAGAGUCUCAAGAUCACCAUUAUAAUCCGUUCCUACAUGAAUCUUUCGAGACACCGAUAAUUGAUACUUUUACUACUCCUGCUGUUGCUGCUACUACAAGUAAUGAGCAAUUAAUGUUUCCAAUUGAUGGUUUGAUUCCAAUUAGUCCUACAUUUCGGGCGACACCAACGUUUAGUGCGCAAGAUCCUGAAGGUGCAUUGGCAUUAAAUAAUACUGAUGAAGAUGAUCCCUUUGGACCGUACCCUAUAACAGUGGAUGAUAAUGGCUGUGAUCAACAAAUGUUGUUGCAUGAACAGCAAUUGUGGUUGCAACACCAGGACAAUAUAAUUGCUAAGAAUAUGAGUUGAUUUUUUAAUCAAAAUUGUUAUGUAGUUCAUUCACUAUUUAGUUAACAUCAUGAGGAAACUUAUAGCAUCACUUGACUAUCGCAUACUAAGGGGGAAAAGAAAAAGGUUAUUUGAUUAGGUAAGUUUUUUUCUUACUUGGCUAGCAUCAUAGCAGUAAUUAAUCACAAUACUUAUGUAAAAAACUUAUUGUAUAUAAUUUUUAUUUUAUUUUUUCUUUUGUUUGAUGUUAUGUAUAUUGAUAGCCUCCAAAAAUUAGAGAGACUUUUGGGAGCUAAUGUUGUAUUUUAGGGUUAGAUCCCUUUGAUUUAACGUAAAUAUUAUUUAUAU